AUGCUUUUUAAUAAUGAUGGUACUCUACCAAAACUUCGUCAAAAAACUUCCAAUAAAUAUCGCAAUUUAAAAACUAAACUUUCAAAUAAUCAUCGUCCAUAUCAACCAUCUAUUGUUACAUCUGAUACUUCACAAACGCGUCUGGUUAAUCAGGCAAACACAAAUAACAUUACUCAUGCUACUAUCAACAAUAUCUACUCGACAUCGUCAAUUGCUGAAGACUACUGUCGAGAUUUUGGUCCAACAUCAUCUGUAUUACUUUUUGCUUAUCGUGGUAGUUGUUAUUCAUUAACAAAUCAGCUUGUAACAUGGUCACAAGCUGAUAAUCUAUGUCAAAAUCAUUUUCAUAUUAAUACAAAUAAAAAUCAAGGUGAUUUAGCAUCGUUUGAUGAUGCUAUUGAAUUUGAUUAUGUUAGACAAAUAGUUGGAGUGUUUAAUCGAUCAGCAACAGAAUUUGGAGCUUAUAUUGGUUUUAGUUAUCGAAAUCAAUCAUGGUUAUGGUUAAAUGGACGUCAUGUAAAUUUUUCUGAAACACCACCAAGUGUUAUUGCACCAAAUAAUCUUAUUUUUCCUUAUCAACAACAAAAACCAUGUGGUAAACUUGAAUUAUUAAGACCAAAUGAAACAACAAUUCUAUUUGGUUUAAUGCAACAAGAAUGUACAAAAACUGAACGUGCACUUUGUAAAAUUAAAGUUGAUCAUUGUUUUGAAAAUGAUCAAUGUGGAAUACAUGGUGUAUGUAGUAAUGAUGGAAUAACAUUUCAUUGUGAAUGUACAUUUCUUUAUGAUGGAAUUUAUUGUGAUAAAUAUAGUUCAGAAGCGAUACAAGUUAUUGCAGCUAGUAUAUUUAUUACUUUAGCUUGUCUUGGUAUUUGUGUAUGUAAACGAUCACAAAAAUAUAAAAAUAAUUAUCAAAAAAGACAAAUACAAAGACGAAAUGAAAAUAGCAAUAAUUAUGUCACCGAUGGUUCAUCAGGUUGUUUAUUUCGAAACUUAUUUAAUAAAUUCAUGUGUCUCUCUCAUUCUUCAUCAUCAUCAUCAUCAUCAGAAUGCAAAAAAUCUUCGAUUCCUCCUCCAUUACCUAAUCCUCGUCCAAAUAUAUCAAAAUUUCCGAAACGUCAUCGUUCAAAACCAAUUAUGGAUAGUUUAUUAACAUUUAUUCAAUCAUUUUUAACUGUUACUGUUGCUGGUAUAUCAAUUGUUUAUAUUUGUGUUCAACGUACAAAUGUAAUAUAUAAUGAUCAUAAUGAAAAAAUGAAUAAAAAUUUUUCAACAAAAUCUUAUCUAUGUCAUAUAAUUGGUUCAAAUAAUUCAAAUCAAAAUAUAAUUAUGCUACCAUUAUCAAUUCUAUUAACAUUAUUUCUAUUUAUAAUACAUCAAACAAUAAAUAGAGAUAAAAAAAAAAGUUUUCUACAAAAUUUAUCAUUUCCAAUAUUAGUUAAUCCAUUUCAAAAAUCAAAUCGUUUUCAUACAAUAAUUGUAUUUGCAAUAAUAUCAAAUCAAUUAAUAACAUUAUUAUAUGAAAUAUUAUUUUCAGCAAAUAUUAAUUUUCAUCAUGGAAUAUUAUAUGAUUUAAUACGUCGUUUUGGUUUAAUUGUACUUUAUGGUAUAAGAUAUUUUCCAAUAUUAUUAUCAUUAAAUAUUCAAUCAUUUUUAUCAACAUUUUUAACAUCAAUAUUUUUAACAUUUGAUUUAUUAUUAUCUGUUUAUUAUGAAGCUAAUUGUAUUCAUGCAUUAACAUCAAUAAUUAGUUUAAAAACACAUAGACAAAUUGAAAUAUCACGUAUACAUUAUUUAUUCUUAAAAUUUUUACCACAUUAUGCUGCAUUAGGACAUAUUAUAGCAAGAUUUUAUACAUUAACAUUACGAAAUUUUUUAAUAUUAUGUAAAGGUAAUAGUGAUAGAUGGAAUACAAUAACAAAUUCAACAUAUCAUACAACAUCAAUUGAAUAUGAUAAUGAUUGGUAUUAUACAAAAAAUUUAUUAAUUAAUAAACGUAAAUCUUCAUCAACAAGUUAUUAUUUAUAUACACAAACAAUACAUGAAGAAAAAAAUUGUUUAUGUUUAAAAAAUUUAAUUCAUUUAUUUUAUAAACCAAAAGCAUAUUUUCGUUAUUCAUCAUUAGUUUUAUUUACAUAUACAGUUUCAUUUCUUGUUUUAUAUAAUUUAACAUGUUCAGUUAUAUUUUCAAGUACAUUUACAUUGCGUUUAGUUAUGAAUUUAACUGGUAAUAUAAUAAUUAAAUUAAUGAAUAUAACAAAUAUAAAUUUAUCAAUAAAAUCAUUUGAAAAUUUAUCAUUUCAAAAUGAAAUUUAUUUAUCAUGUUUAUUAUCAUUUUUUAUUUAUGUUAUACAAUUAUUACUUGGUUUAAAAAAAUAUCAAACUGAUAUGUUAGAUUAUUAUCAAGGAAAAUAUUAUAAAAAAAAUCAAGAUUUAUUGUCAUCAUCAUGUGUUUUACAAAAAUCAUUUCAUUAUUCUGGUUAUCAAGUUGGUUAUUUAGCAUAUGGUUUUAUAGUAAUAAAUUAUUUUAUGUUUAUAACAUGUUUAUUAUUUAAAUUAUUAUUUAUACAUCCAUUAUUAACGAAAAUUCUUUUAAAAAUUAUAUUACCAAUGAUUAUUUUAUUUGCGUUAAAACAUAUUAUUGUUUAUUGUUUAACAAGAUAUUUUUUCUUAAGAGUUAUUAAAUCAAAUAGAAAUUUAAGACAAAAUAUUGAACAUGAUAGAAAAAAUGAACAUGAUAAUUAUACAGAAAGACAAGAUCAAGCAAUUUAUAGUGGUUCAACUGGUUCAUCAAUAUCAACACCUGAUGAUAACGAUCAUGAUGAAUCUCAUUUAUUUACAUUAGAAAAUCGUCAUGCCUAUUUUCUAUUUGUUUAUUUUAAUUUUUUCUUUGAUUGUUUUCUUGGCAUAGUAUCAUGUAUUUCACGUUUAUUUAAAUCAGGAAUUGCUCUUGUACUUUAUAUGCCAAGACUUGAUUAUAGUAUAUUUGGAAGAAGUUUAGAAAAAAUUGAUAAUGGUUAUACAGCAUAUACAUCAUAUCUUUAUGUUGAAGCUAUGCAUACACAUCCAAUUUUAAUAACAUUUACACAAAUUAUUUAUAUGAAUAUACUUGAUAAACGACAACGACAAAAACAUUUUUUAUUAAUUGAUGAAAAACAAAUAAUUGAACAAUAUAGACGAAAAUGUUUACGUUUUCGAUGGUUUUUAUUAAUAACUUUAAUGAAUAAUUUAUCAUUAAUACCAACAAGACGACAUCAUCGAAAAUUGACAAUAAAUAGGCAUAAGCAGAAAAUAAAUCAACGGACAUUAUCCGAUUCAUUAUUGUCAAAUGGAACGGUUACAGUUAAUAUGUGCCAGUGA